AUGAUUCAUCAGGAGACUCUGGUUUUCAAAUGUGACUCGUAUCAAUUCGUUCCCUGCGAUUAUACCUGUAACCAUGAACAUCACUCGAAAUUUCAUCCUUCCCACGAGACUGGGCAGUGCGGAUUUGUCGUCAGAGUUUUAACACCCCGGUGUCUUUACCGUCUCUACAACACUUGUGUCAUCACCGUGGCCAUUUUAACAAUAUUACCCAAGAGAACAUCAUUCAUGUCGACUGCAGUACCCAAUCAAAUUGCAUCUUACAACGCGAUAUCAAACUUCACCAAUCACACGAUUGUAUACAAUGAACUGUCGGCCAUCAAUGAAACUUACAAUGGAAGUGAUUGGACAAAUUUUACAAAUUCGACAAUUCUCGAUUACGAAGUAAAACGGCCAAUCAUCGGAAUAGUUUUGUCUCUGUUUUCAGUGGUGACCAUGGUAGGAAAUGUGCUGGUGAUAAUCGCCGUUUUUAAGGAAAUGUAUCUGAGAACUGUCACCAAUUAUUUCAUUGUUUCCCUCGCUCUCGCCGACCUAAUGGUAGGCGGGAUCGUGAUGCCUUUCAGUAUAAGUCUGGAAGUUACCAAUGGGGUAUGGCUUUAUGGCGAGGAAUGGUGCGAUCUAUGGCAUUCAUUUGACGUCCUGGCGAGUACAGCAUCCAUCUUGAAUCUGUGUGUGAUUUCGCUCGAUCGGUAUUGGGCAAUUACAGACCCUAUUGCAUACACCGCUAAGAUGUCCCAAUGUAAGGUGGGCCUACUAAUAGCUUUCGUGUGGCUCUGUUCCGCUGGUAUAUCUUUCCCAGCUAUUGCCUGGUGGAAAGCGGUUACCCCGAGUAAUCUCCCUUCGCACGUUUGUAUGUUUACAGAAGACAGUGCCUACUUGAUAUUUUCCUCCAUAGUGUCUUUCUAUUGCCCGACUUUCAUCAUGAUGUUCGUCUAUUUACGGAUAUAUUUAGCCGCAGCAGCACAAAUUAGGAGUUUAAAAGUUGGCAGUAAAGUAUUGACGUCGAACGGCAGUCAUGGAAAUAGAGAAAUAAUGACCUUGAGAAUGCAUCGCGGUGGGAUGAACUCGCCUCGGAAUGGACAUGAUGAGCAUUACAGACGCGCCACGCACGAAGAUUACUCUCAGUCAUGUGACAGAUGUAUGGACAGUGACAGUACUGCUUUGACGACACAGGAAAGUAAAUUAAAUUUACCCCACGCGCAUGCGUCUAAUGGUGCACACCAUCAUAGACCAGCAAAAUUUAUAACAAAGAGGCUCCGACAGUUCGCGCUAAGUAAAAAAUUGACUAAACUGGCACGCGAACAAAAGGCAGCCAAAACGUUAGGUAUAGUUGUGGGUGUUUUCAUAAUAUGUUGGCUUCCAUUCUUUGUUUUUAACGUCUUACAAGGGAUAUGUGGUGUAAGUUGUCUAGUGUAUCCGGAGUUGCUCUUCCCAAUAUUUACUUGGCUUGGUUAUAUAAAUUCCGGUAUGAACCCUGUGAUAUAUGCUCUCUCUAUGAGAGAUUUCAGACGAGCGUUUGGAAAGGUCCUUUUCUGCUGUUGUCCAAAACAAAGAUUUUCUUAUCAGCGAGCUCAUCAAAAAUAUACAACAUCCUCAUCUAGCUUCACAGUGUCAUGUGCAGACAGAGUGUAG